AAACGCGUUUCAACCACUCUGCUGGGCGACAGCGCCGUGCGUGUGUCCUAUCAACAUGUUAUCAGAUCUGCCCUGAGAGGACCCGCCCCGGAACCAGUAUGUGCAACUUACAAAUGAGUCGCUAAGGUAGUUUUGGUUCCUAUUAGAAGACGGUCCUACUGGGAAAAGCGCGGGAAUAGCGCCAUCUUUUAGAAAAUAUAAGCCACAGGAUAUUACUUAUGGGGUGUAAUUAUUUUUGACAAAACUAAACGCAGUUUGUGUGGUUUGUUAUAUAAAUGUAAGUAUCUGUCACCGAAAUGGCGAAAAGAUUACUUUAUUCUCCAAGCAAGAGUAACGCUGCAGGUGUAAAGUUCCGGGAGGCCUCUUCUGACAUACUCACAGAUUUUCUUGUCAAUCUCAACAAAAGAAACAAAGAUAACCUCCGGAGUUUAACGAACUAUAGCGGGAACUUCAAGAAUAAGAGAGCCGUUGAGUACAUCUUCCUGAUAACUGAUAAACUGAGGCUGGACCCGCUGGUCGGCUACCACGCCAUUGAAUUACUUCAGAGGUUCAUGGUCAAUCACAUUGAAGAUUUGCUCACCACACCCACAUCUCAAGGCGCAAAUGCUAAUCUUCCAAGAAGUUGUGAGGAUGCUCUUUUUGACACACUUAAGGACAAAUUCCCGCUCAUCGUCUUCUCCUGCGUCCAGAUUGCGAGCAAACUGUCUCUGCACAGUCACAUGAUCAACAACAAUACUGCUGUACGCUUUCUGGACUCGGUCGGCUGCAGCGUUUCCAAACAGGCUGUCCUGGAUUCAGAGCUGAUGGUUCUGAAAGGACUUAAGUUCAGACUAAAUGUGCCCAACCCACUGACAUAUGUGGAAAUACUUUUGGAGGUUCUCGGAUACAAUGAGCCAUCAGUCCCUAUAGAGUGCCUUCAUCACCUCUGCCACCACGUUCUCCAGUUCAUCAGCCUGGAGCGGGCUGCCGUCUAUGAAACCUUGCUAAAGGUGACCACUGAGUGUGUCAGCCCAUCCAGGGAACAGAGAAAGAAGUUUGUGCCAGUGACAGAAGACUGCAUGCUUCUCGGUGUUGGUGUCAUCGCUGUGGCUGCGUUCAUCCUCCUUGUCAGAAAGUGGGAAAAGGUAGUUGGAGAACUGAGCCACAUCACAGGAAUCUCAAAAAGGAGCAUCACCGAUUUUGCUCAUGCAACUCUGGUGCACAUUGUUGGCAUCGGCUCCCAGUCCAUGUAGACUCCACUCUCAGUCACUGAGUCUUUAUCCCGUUUACUUUUGUUGGUACGGAGCAUCCGCUCUACGUUUCAUUAAGGUUUUUGGCACAAGGAAAAAAAACAUCCAUGUGCUGCAACGAACUGUCAUCAAAACAAAUGAAUAAAUCUCUAAAGAUUGGUUUGUGUUAGAGCUAAUGUUCAUUCUAUAAAGCCAAUCAAUGAAGAUAUCACAGAUGUUGAAAUACAGCUGAUUUGGUUUCAAAUAUAGCUGCUAACACUUAUUCACUUGCUUAUAUUUGAUGCACUGACUUCAGGGGGGGAUUAAGUGUUCUUGUUCUUAUUAGGUAGGCAGUGAAUGAAGCUCAUGUAGUGAUUCUUGGUAACAGGGAGUUAGUUGUGACUACAUGUAGUAAAGCUGCUGAGAUUUCCACUACAUCAGGACACAAAAGCAUAGAGGAAAUGUAAUAUAGUUAUAAUCCUUCAAAACGCUGUCUUUUUGUUAACUUAAUUUUGCCACUGUUUCAAUUUACCUGUUGAUAUCUGUUUGUUUUUUUUUGGUUGUGUUUUCAUCUGUGCCUCGCAGUUUUCACCUCCUAGUCAGUCACCUUCUAAGUGAGUGUGUGUCCUGGGCUGUUGGCCCGGCGCUUUGUGUUUGGUUUUGAUAUUGUGUUAUGUUGUUUUCCUUAUGUUGGGCCCCUGGUUUGAUUCCCCGUGGAUUCUUUUGUUGUGGAUAUUUGUGUGUUUAUCCGCUGCCCUUGUGUCAAGUUCAUGUGUCCUAGUCCUGGUCUUUGUGUUUAGUUACUUCCUGUUUUAUUUUGGUGUGUCUUUGGUUCCUGUGUCUCCCUCACAGGUGUUCCCUAUUGUCUCGUUACCUGUGUGUAUAUUUUGUCUCAGGCUCCCGUUGUUGUUUGUUGUCCUCUGUUCCUGCUGUGCGCCUCAUGUUUUAAGUCCACGUCAAGAAGUCGAGUCACGGUUAGUUUUGGAGUUGAAGUUUGUGCUGCUGGUUCCUGUCUUUUG